GUCGCGUGCGCACGCACCGUACGAUUUUAUAUUUCAGCGGGUUGCGAAUGCAAGCCGUAGUGAAGUGAAUGAAAAGUGUUAAAGAUUUCCCAGUGAUUAACGCGAACAUUGUGACAUUUUUUUCGUUCUACCUGGAUUUAUUAUACUUUCUGAUACUGACUCUGAUGGAUAACAAUCGUAGCUGAUUUGCCGCCAACAUGUCGCGCGACACUGCCGGGCGACAGUUGCUGGUCGUUGUCGCGUUGCUUGCGACAGUCUACGGUUGUCACGCCAGGGAUGUUAUUUUAGAUGAGACGUACAGCGUCAUAACAGCGUCUCCGAGUGAGCGAUUGAGGCUGCUCUGUGGACUCAGGUCAGCCAGGGGUAGAGUGACAGAAUGGUUCAAAGACGGAGAGCCUGUGAAGCAGAGUAAGAGGAUAUCACAACAGCAGAAACAAUGGUUACGAAUAAGGAACUUCCAACCUGAAGACGCUGGUGUCUACAGCUGUCGGCCAUCAGACGGCGGCAGUCAUUUGAACGUGAUCAUCAGACAGAAGAUCAUCGAAAAUCAGUAUGAUCCAGAGUAUCAAUCAGAUGGAGAACUCAAAAGGAAUCCAGCAGAUGUAGAUGAAACUAUACAAUCACUAGAAGACGACCACAGAGAAAACAAAAAUAAUCGAUCAGCAAGAAAUCUCGCAUUCAAAGAUGACAAUACAAACGAAGAUUCAUACAAUAUAGAUGAUUAUGAAGAUGAACCGAUUGGCAAAUAUCCUCCAAGAUUUAUAAACGAAAGAAUGUUUCUUCCUAAAAUAAAAUCAGCUGGAAGUUCUGUCAGACUGAGAUGUGUGGCUGAAGGGAAUCCAACUCCGAACAUAACGUGGACGAAAGAUGGCGCGGCCAUAACGCGGGAUCCUGAACCGCAAUUCAUAAAGUGGUCACUAGAAUUGGAAGAUCUGACGAAGGAUGAUGAGGGGAACUACUCUUGUGGUGUGUGCAAUGAACUGGGCUGCAUUGAACAUGGCGUGGAAUUGACUGUUAUUGAUCUACAAAGCCACGUUGUUCAUGUAACAAGACCGCCUCCAGAAAUACUCGCUCAACGUCGAAUUGUCGAUGACAAAAACGCCACAGUCAAUACGCGAGUAGCGAAAAACGUUAAUCUCAAAGAAGAAGACGUAAAAGAUGAUGAUUCUGACGACAAAAAUGAUAAAGAUCAUCACAAGUACGGAGAUGUUGAUAAUUCAACAAACAUGUUUGCUCCAAGGUUCAAGCAUUUAUCAAAAAUGUACACGGUUGAGAUUAAACCCGCUGGAAGUACAGUUAAAUUGAAAUGCGCUUCUGAAGGAAAUCCCACACCCAACAUUACUUGGACGAAAAAUGACGGCCUGAUUUCUCGAUACUACUCCAAACCAUUUUAUGGCAAGUGGUCUUUGACGUUAGAGGAGAUGACCAAAGCUGAUGAUGGGAACUACACCUGCAUCGUUUGCAAUGCCCUAGGAUGCAUUGAUCAUACCGUUGAAGUUACUAUUAUCGAACGUGUGUUUUCAAAACCUGUCCUGACGAAAGCUGUACUGAACCAAACGAGAAUGGUCGGGGAGGCUGCUCGCCUCACCUGUCAGUUCCUCUCAGACCUCCAUCCCUUUAUCCAAUGGAUGUACUUCCCUAAAGACGAGUACAUGUUCUACGAUGUGGACGAUAACGUCACUCAGCCAUUCUUCUCGAACGAUCAAUCUAAGUUCUCUAUCAUGUCUGAAAAUCCUGACGACAAACCUGAGCAAUUGACUAUCUAUAAUGUGACUAAAGAGGACGAGGGCUGGUAUGUCUGUAUCGCAAGCAACGGCCUCGGGAACUCUACAGCGAUUGGAUAUCUUUCUGUUGUUGAAUCCAUGCCAGUACCAGAGCAACUGGACCACGGAAAGCACACGCUACUCAUCAAUGUACUGACAGUAGUCCUAGGCGCCAUGUUCCUAGUAGCCGCCGUGAUAGUGGUCAUGAUCUUCAAGAAGCUGAAACGGGAGAAAAUAAAGAAACAACUGGCGCUGGAGACAGCGAGAGCGGUGAUAGUGACGCAUUGGACGAAGAAGGUGACAGUUGAGAAACCGCAGAUGAAUGGAACUGCCAAUCCGGAAGAAGUUUUGUUGAUGCCAGUCGUGAAAAUAGAGAAGCAGAAACUGCAGCAGGUCCAAGGAGGCACCAACAGUGAUUCCAUGAUGAUGUCGGAGUACGAGCUGCCCGUGGACAUAGACUGGGAGGUGGCGCGGGAAAGUCUCUUGUUGGGAAAGGUGCUCGGGGAAGGAGAGUUUGGGAAAGUUGUGAAGGCUGAGUGCGUGGGAAUAGUGAAGCAAGGGGUACCUUCGGUUGUGGCUGUUAAAAUGCUGAAAGAGGGCCACACAGACGCGGAGAUGAUGGCUCUAGUCUCCGAGAUGGAGAUGAUGAAGAUGAUCGGCAAGCACGUGAACAUCAUCAACCUGCUGGGCUGCUGCACCCAGGACGGGCCGCUUUACGUCAUUGUCGAGUACGCGCCGAAUGGAAACCUUAGGGAGUUCUUGAGGAACCAUCGUCCAGGGAACAGGUACGAGCCAUUACCGACAGAGAACAUUAAAGAGAAGAAAACUCUUACUCAGAAAGACCUUGUCUCCUUCUCCUAUCAAGUCGCCAGAGGGAUGGAAUACUUAGCAUCCAGAAGAUGCAUUCACCGAGACUUGGCGGCUCGCAACGUCCUAGUCUCUGACAACUGCGUCCUGAAGAUCGCAGACUUCGGCCUGGCUAAAGACGUGCAGAGCAACGACUACUACCGCAAGAAGACCGAGGGCCGCCUGCCUGUGCGGUGGAUGGCGCCGGAGUCGCUGUACCACAAGCUGUUCACCACGCAGACUGAUGUCUGGUCGUUCGGCGUGCUCCUGUGGGAGAUCAUGACGCUGGGCGGCACCCCGUACCCCACCGUGCCCGGCCAGUACAUGUACCAGCACCUCAGCGCCGGCCACCGCAUGGAGAAGCCGCCAUGCUGCAGUCUCGAAAUUUACAUGCUGAUGCGAGAAUGUUGGUCCUUCUCGCCCGGAGACCGACCGUCGUUCACAGAGCUAGUCGAGGACCUGGACAAGAUCCUCACGGUGACUGCCAACCAGGAGUACUUGGACUUGGGACUCCCACAGCUGGACACCCCGCCUUCGAGCUACGAUGGCUCUGGAGACGAGAGUGACAGCGAAUUUCCUUUCAUCACUAAUAGACUUUGAAAAUGAUCGUGUGGUUAUUGAUUUUCAAUUGAUUGAUCACGCCUCUUUAGCGUGUAGGCAGAGACUAUAUCUUACCACUUGCCACGAUAAGUGCAUACUUUUGCUACAUCUUAGUCAUAAAUUUUUUGAGCUCGUUGGUUUGGGGACCUGAUAUUUCCUCAGAACUUCUCAGAUUCAAUUGCGAUCAAGACGUUGUUUAUAGAUACUGGUUUAGAUGGAGGAAAGUGAAAGUGAUUGAAAUUUUAAGUGUUUCUUGAACUCUCGAAGUCGGACCUUAUAGAUAAAAGUAAAGUGCGGUUGAGAGAAGUAGGAGUAGAAGAUUUGAAGAGUUUCGUCUAUAAUUUUGUAUUCUAAUGUUCACACUGCAAGAGCAUAAAAACAUCGUGCAUGAGCGAACUUGUACAAUAUGAGGCAACUAAAUGUGACUGAUGACACAGUAUACACACAUAUAAACAUUAUUUAAGCAAGGCACUCUCUGACAUUACAUAUCUCUUGUGUUUCUUUUUCAUAUAAAAAAUAAACGAAAAUAAACGUUGAAAUUAGAACAUAGUGCCAUCUUUUAUACAGUAACUAAACUAAAAAAUAGUUUUUGCUAAGAACUUUUGCUACUUGACGCUAGAUGGCGCGCUAUAAAAUUUAUAUUUUACCAAAACAUUUUUUAUUUCGUUAAUCUAUAUAAGAAGAGAAUUUUUACACAUUAUUUUUACCUUUUAUUUUUCUUACGUACCUAAAGAAGAGCUAAACCCUCAGUUACUUUAAGAUCAACAGUUUUAAGCUUGAUCAGAAAUAUAGCUGGUCUGUUAAUGAUAGCGCUAGUACUGCUUCACAUAAAGAAACGUUAUAUUGAGUGAUAUUAUUAUGGUGAUUUGACAUGGAUUUUGCAAAAAGGAAACUUUUGUCAAAUAUAAACAAACUGAUCAAUUAAUGGUUUUGAGUUAUGCUUACAUUUUUUAAUAAUUUAAAGCUAAUUAAUUAGCUCAAUUUUAAUAAUUCACUUUCUAAUCUGCAAUAUUCUGAGGUAUGCUAUAUUUCUAGGUUUACAACAUUAUACGUAACGAUGAUUAAGAAUGAUGAGAUUAUUAUAGUAUUAUUAUGAAAUAGGUUUCGAUCAACAUCCCACCUCUUAGCUAUGCCUGAACGGAAGUCAGGCAUGGGAUCCAGGCAUUUCGAAGUAUUUUAUUUAUUAAAUCUAGUUAUGAGUUUUUGUUAAUAUGUUUUAUGUAUGUUUAAGGAAACUUCUUAGUAUAAAACUAAAUGUAACUAAAAAGAUUACAAAAACGUUUGUGCAGAAGAUGGACUUUAUAUUUUUGGUGUAUAGUUUUAAAAAUUCGUCGUAUCUAUUAUUUAUAUUUUUAGAUUAACCAAAGUGCAAACAAAGUAUUGCAUAAUAUCAAAUAUUUUGUAAAUAUCGUGUAAGACUUAUUAAAACAGUUUGUAAUUGUAAAUAGUAUUCUUUACGCCAAAGUUUUCUGGGUAUAUUAAAGGAUUUCUUCAAGACUUAUGAUCAAAAAUAAAUGUAAUUAAAUUUCAAUUAUAUUAUAAUUAUUUAGCAUCUAGUCUUAUUUUAUUGUUUAGAUAGAAAAUCUUUUUGAAUAUGUAGUUAGAUAAGUCAUUGUAUGUUGGCUUUAAAAUGUACACCUCCUUUUAUUUAACGAGGAAAGAAAAUAGCUCUCUUGAUAUUUUUCACCAAAAAUAAUACAUUUUUUUAAAAUUGAAAUUGAAUUUGGGGUCUCAAGAAAAUUAACAAUACGUUAUUCUAUAUAAAACUAGUAACUUUAACUUUUAAAUAAAGCGAUACUAGAUUUUCUCACUGUGUCGCAUUUUACCACCAAUAAUGUACUUAAAUAUGUCAAAUUAUCAUAAGCCAUUGUAUCCAGAUUAUUAUAUGAACAGGCAAUUAUUGUGUAUGCCAUAUAAAAAGCAAGGUAUUAUUGUAUGAAUAAUAAAUAGGUAGGAGGCGGGAACACAAAGUGAAGCAUUAAUUUUUAAGUACAAGAUCUGUUUUUACGUUAAUUUGGUAUGGAAAAAGUGCAUCUAGGUAUAGGCGAAAUUAUGUUAGAAGAAUAUUACAUACAUACCUAUAUUAAAAUUCCCAAAAAUUUAUUUCAUAAAAGAUUUUUGACGAGAUGUUUUUCUGUUUGUAUAUUUGAUAUGUCUAUUGGAAGGAAUGAAAAAUAAAUGUAGUG